GAAAGAGGAUUAUACCUAUGAAUAAAGCAGGGCCUUGUUUCUCUGUUACAUUCACUUACAGCCGGAGGCAGGGCAAAAAAAGUAGAAAUUCAACUUUCAUUUACCACUCCCUGCAACAGUCAGGGAAAUUGUCGGUCCUGUUCGCGUUCACACAGUCUCAGAGUUUGGGAACAACAUUCUGCUAUUGGCUGUCCGGAGACUUCUACCUGUGGGUGGGAGUGCCUAUUACCAAGAUUAGACUUCUCCUUCCUCCGGGUUUCGGAAGGAUCGGACGAAGUGUCCGACUCGGAAAUAAAACAAAUUGCCCAUUCCCAGGACGCAGAAUAUGGAGCCUAUCACGUCAUGGAGUCCGGAGAGAGUAAGCGAUUGGCUCAAAGGAUUGGGCCCCCCCCUCCACCAGUACCCGUUCUCGGAGUGGCAGCUCUCUGGACUGGACCUGGUGCAGUUGUGCUAUCCGGAGCUGGAGCAGCUGGGCGUUCAGAAGAUCGGCCACCAGGAGCUCAUUCUGGAGGCCGUGGAGAAGCUCUGCUCCAUGAUGUACGGCAUGGGCAACGAGAAUCUGCGCAGCCACACGGUGGGGCUGCGCAACGUGGCACACUCCAUGCAGAUGGGCCUGCAGAGCCGCUGGCGGGUCAACACCUACGAUGGCCAGAGCGCCACCAAGCUGCCCAGCGAGGUACUGCAGUCUGUCCUAGACCUCAUCACUGCUGCAAAAGGACUCUUCUCUCUGCUCAACAGGUACCUGUAUGAAUGUGCUGUUUUUGUUGUGUUGCUGUGCACAGGAAAUCACCCCGCUGGAUCGUUUGUCCGGCACCAGAGCAAAUCGGCGCUGUGGCGGUCCACCAGCGGCAAGACCCUUCGCCAGCUCUUUCACAUCGGCGGCGUGCGAGCGGCCCGCCGGCUAGUAGUGCCGAUUUUCACAACGCUAGACUGGAGCGCCAACCAGUGUGCCGAUAGCGGGCCGCUGUACCUGGGUUACUCCCGUGUUGCUCAGAAUCCGCCGGUGGAGAAGCUCGGAAGGGGUAGGAAGCCGGUAAAGAGAGUGAGUGAGAGAGAGAGAGAGAGACAGAGAGAGAGUGAGCGCUGCUGUUCUGUUUUAUCGCUGGCCCUUUGCAGUCUGGCCGGCUCCACCUUCACCUCUCUUCCGUUCGAGACUCCGCUUUCCUCCACCGACUUUGGCUGCCCCGACACGACCCCCAGAAAGGACAUCACGGUUUAUGAAAAAGAGAAGGACAUCAUAUCUAUUUGCCGUCGGCUGGUGGCCAUCUGUGACGAGAUCCUGAGCAGCACCCCGGAGUCUCUGCUCAGCCACACCGCCCACCUGGAGAGCGUGGACUUGGUUCCGGCCAACCCAGGAGACCAGCUGGGUAUUGAGAUCACCUCCACCGGCUCCAGUUCCCACUUUGUCACCGGCACUGCAGCCGAGUCACCCGCUGAGUUCUGCGAGAAGAUCCUGGCGGGAGAUGAGGUGGUCCAGGUCAACGAUCAGAUAGUGGUGGGCUGGAGCAGGGCGAACCUGGUGAAGAAGCUGCAGGAGAACCCCAACGGCGUCAGGCUGGUCCUGAAGAAGGUUCCGGUGUCUGUGAAACGGCGGCAGAGAGCUCCAGAGACCCAGUCUCCCGAGGAGGAAGAGGAGGAGGAGGAGGAGCCGAAGGAGAGGAAUUCCAUAUUGGGGAGGGUCGCCGCCUCCGUGCGAUCCCUGUCCUUUAGGGCAGCGGUCCACAGCCAGGAUAACAAGAGGCCCACGGCCCUGGAAGAGUCUGAACUAGUCGGCUACAGUCUGAACCAAGGAGGGGCCCAGACAGCCACUUCCAAUCCGGAGGGGGCAGAGCUCGAGGAUUCCGAGGGAGGCGCGCCGCAGGACCGCGCCGGUCCUGGAGGAGGGGCCGCCGGCGACCUGCCGUCACCGAGACCGGAGGGCGGGAGAGCCAGCGUCAGCUCCUGCCCCGAGAUGGCCGGGCACAGGGAGGAGAGAGCCUCAAAAAAGGGGGACAGGAAAGGCACGCGGACGACGAUGAGCCGGCGGCGGGUGUCCUGCCGGGAGCUGGGCCGGGCCGACUGCGACGGCUGGCUCUGGAAGAAGAAGAAGGAGAGCGGCGUCUUCGUGGCCCAGAAGUGGCAGAAGUUCUGGUUCGUCCUGAAGGGCCCGUCUCUGUACUGGUACACCAGCCAGCAGGAAGAUAAAGCGGACGGCCUGGUCCAGAUCUCCAGCUACAGCAUUGAGAGUGCAGGGGAACACAAGAGGAAAUACGUGUUCAAAAUGUGCCACAACCGCUUCCAGACGUUCUUUUUCGCCGCUGACAACGUCAGCGACAUGAGCAAGUGGAUAAACUCCUUAAUCACAGCGACACAUAGGUACAAGAAAAGUCCACCAGACAGCGAGGAAGAGUGCUGCAGUGAGACUGAACCUGAGGAUGAAGGAUCUAGCUCACCCCGCUCUCCCAGGCAUACAAAGAACCAGAGCAACACCCUGCCAAGGACCAAGGGUAAAAAGAGCAAGCCCGCGGGGACUGUGGGGAGUGCAGCAGUCUCCCCCACCACCGGGGGCAGCAAACCCACAGGCUCCGCCGAGGACGAGAUGGGCGUGCUGUUCCACCGGCUGCGGAAGGACGGCGUCUCGCCGAUCGGCGUGGAGCAGCCCACCACGCACGCGCAGUUCCGCCGCUCCUUCAUCCGCCGCAACAAGAACCCGGUCAUCAACGAGAAGGUGCACACGCUCCGGGCCCUGCAGAGCACGCUCAAGGCCAAGGAGGUGGAGCUGCAGCUCAUAAACAAGGUGCUGGAGGACAGCGCCCUGACGUCGCUCAAGUUCCGCGAGUGGAAGGAGAGCAACGAGCACCUGCUCCAGGAGAUCGACAGGCUGGCGGCGGAGCGCGAGCGGCAGGAGGCCGCCGGGCCACAGCCGCUCGCGCCGGCCGACGCGGUCGCCGCGGAGACGGGCGCCGAGGGCGACGACGCGUCCGGACUGAGGCUGAGCGACGGCGAGCAGCUGGUGGACGCGGAGCUCUCGGGCGCGGCGCACGCCGGCGGCACCGUCUCUCCGGCGGGAACCGAGCGCCAGGAGCCCAACGGGCAAAGCCAGAGCCUGGCAUCGCCGCCAACGGACAAUUACUUCUUCAUAUGAGACGCCGGCGCUGCCCUGCGCACGGCUGGGACCCCAAACUCCAGCCCUGCAGGGGGCGCUGUGUCUGCAGGUUUAACUCCAGUCCUGGAGGGGGCGCUGUGUCUGCAGGUUUAACUCCAGCCCUGCAGGGGGCGCUGUGUCUGCAGGUUUAACUCCAGUCCUGGAGGAGGGCGCUGUGUCUGCUGGUUGAACUCCAGUCCUGGAGGAGGGUGCUGUGACUGCUGGUUGAACUCCAGUCCUGGAGGAGGGCGCUGUGACUGCUGGUUUAACUCCAGUCCUGGAGGGGGCGCUGUGACUGCUGGUUUAACUCCAGUCCUGGAGGAGGGCGCUGUGACUGCUGGUUGAACGCCAGUCCUGGAGGGGGCGCUGUGACUGCAGGUUUAACUCCAGUCCUGCGAGGCGU